CGCUGCUCCACUUACAGUCUCUCUCUCUCUUUCUCUCUCACCAUUUCCUCUACACCAGCAGAGCCUCUGUAACAUCCUCAACCCUCCCUCGCUCACUCCUUCUCCCUCCCUGCGUCUCUCGCUCAUCUCUCUUCACUCUCCCAGUAUACCCACCAUCAGCUCACUUAGCUCACUCCAACUCCAGCUCACGCCGACUCCAGACCCUUCUUUUGUUCCUGCCCUCCUCAAUGCUGUCGGCCCUCCGCUCCUCCAGACAAAAGAAAAUCAACUCAAAAAAACUUUUGGAAUUCUUUUUCCGGCGUUUUUUUUUUUUUUUAACCUCUCUGACCCUCCGCUCUUCCUCCAGACGGGGAGAGGCUGACUGGUGUGCACGAGCUGACACCCGGUGCCUAGCUCUUUGCCCCUCCUGAGGAACUCUCUCUGCCACCAGUGACCGGAGAAGACGUGCACGGAGAACAUCUCAAUAUUCUCUACUCGUGUUUGAGGUUAUCCGCCACCAUGAAAGUUCAGCUGCUGAUCCUGUUGGCCCUGGCCGGUCCCUUCUGCGGCAUCACACGUGCCAGUCCCACCGGUCUCCCCGAAGAAAUGGGGGGUGUAUCCGAGCUAACGCCUGAAAUCCCAGAGGAAGUGCACGAUGUGUUCACCGGGGCCCCCGCGACCGUACCAGCAGCUCUCCCCGCCGAAGUCACCACAGAAGCCACCUCAGAGGUCGCCACGGAGACCGCCACCGAGGCCACCCCAGAAAAAUCCACAGAGGCCACCGUAGAAGCCGACACACAGGCCGCCCUGGAGGUCGCCACAGGGGCGGCCACCGUAUCCGAAACAGAGGCUGCGACGGCGCAGGCGACCGUGGAAGACGCUUUCACCACCCAGGCCGCCCUCGUGGAGUCCACGGCUGCGGAGACUCACUCGCCAGCGGAGGUGACGGAAGCGGCGGCUGAGACUACGGCAGAGGUCGACGCGGGGAAGACAGCGGCACCCACGGACAACCUUGUGGAUACUAGCACAAAGGACGAGGUGCAAAUGGAGGAUGGAGGGAUGAGUUCGGGCCAGAUGGCCGGAGUGGUCAUCGGCGCCUUGAUCGCGAUCGUCAUCGCCAUCGUUGUGGUCAUCGCCCUCGUGAGGAGGAUGGGCAAAUACUCGGCCGCCAAGAAAGCCAAGAUCGUGAAAAGAAAGCGGGCAUCUUGGUUUCUUCCAUGAAGGAAAGAAGGAAAAACAAAGAGGCAGGAGCGCCCAGAGUUCUGGAAAUUGUGAACUACUGAAAUGUGAUGUCAUUUCCUGUCAUUAAACAACCAUGCUAUCAGCACUAGUCAAGCACUAGUGUAUGUGUGUGUGUGUGUGUGUGUGUGUGUGUGUGUGUGUGUGUGUGUGUGUGUGUGUGUGUGUGUGUGUGUGUGUGUGUGUGUGUGUGUGAGAGAGUGUGAGAGUGUGCGUGUGUGCGUCUCUGUGUUAUUCAGAGUAUGUGUGUGUGCGCCUGCGUGUGUGUGUGUGUGAGUACGCCUGUGUGUGCGCCUGUGUCUUUGUGUGUGUGUGUUUGUGUGUGUGUGUGUGUGUCUGUGUGUGUGUGUGUGUGUGUGUGAGUACGCCUGUGUGUGCGCCUGUGUCUUUGUGUGUCUGUGUGUGUGUGUUUAUAUGUUUGUGUCGGUGGGCUGGUGGAGAAGAAAAAAGGACAAGCAAUCAUCCGCAGCUCCUCCCGCAGCUCCACCAACCACCACCACCCCACCCCUCAUCUCCAUCCACCCACACCGACUACACCACCCCCCCCCCCCCACCCCC